UUAAGGAACGUAGGAGACAUGCACAGAGAUAUGCAUCAUUUCAUAUCAUUUUCAUUUCAAUGCGUGUUUCCUGAUGGCUAGUAUAUAUGUCUGACAAUUUGCCAUGACUUAUAGAAAAUACAGAGAUGAACAGGUGAUAGUCCUGGUCUUUAGAAACAUUGGGGAGGCCACAAAAAUCAGUGCUCUCAUAGUAUUUCCAGCGGAGUGUUUGGAACAGAGGAUGGAGCACAAACUCGUAGUUAGGUGUGUAGUGAUACCAUCUGUUUCUAUAGAGCCUAACGAUAUUUGCACAAACCUUAACUCAUUCAAAGAGAAGGAGACUUUUGAGAUGGGUUUUGAUGGCUCAGAAGAAUUCUUAGGCCAAACGAAGGAGGUGAGCCAAGGACCAGCUUGAUUGUGGAACAUUACACCCUGAAGAAGCUUUUACCAAAUGAUUGCAUGCAUAAUAAAUUAAGGCCCCACAGACCCUGCUAGUGAUAAAAUAGAGAGUCUGGGCAGGCUACAGUGGGAGAACUGUCAACCCCUUCAUAAGGUUAUGACACCUCACCUUCCCCCUCCACCCGUGUAAACAGGGAAGUUAAGCAUGUUUUUUCACUUCACUGUCUUCCUACAUUUUUUUCUUCCUAGUUUCAAAAACAGCUCUCCUUCAACAAGUUCUGUUUCCAAGGGAAGUCUUAACCAUUUGUCCCUUCUGGCGUACCCUCUUCCAAUGAAAUCCAUGCAGAAUAGACCAGAGAUGGGCAGCAGUGAACCCCUUCCCAUUGCAGGAAGUGACAAGAGAAAGAAGAAGAAGCGGAAGGCCCGGGCCAUUGACUCCUUAUCAGGAAAGUUUGAAGAUAUGUACAAGCUGACUUCUGAAUUGCUUGGAGAGGGAGCCUAUGCCAAAGUUCAAGGUGCCGUGAGCCUGCAGAAUGGCAAAGAGUAUGCUGUUAAAAUCAUCGAAAAACAAGCAGGGCACAGUCGAAGUAGGGUAUUUCGAGAGGUGGAGACACUCUAUCAGUGUCAAGGAAACAAGAACAUUUUGGAGCUGAUUGAGUUCUUUGAAGAUGACGCAAGGUUUUACUUGGUCUUUGAGAAAUUACAAGGAGGUUCUAUCCUGACCCACAUCCAGAAGCAGAAGCACUUCAAUGAGCGAGAAGCCAGCCGAGUGGUACGGGAUGUUGCUUUUGCCCUUGACUUCCUGCACACCAAAGGCAUUGCUCACCGCGAUCUGAAGCCAGAAAAUAUAUUGUGUGAAUCUCCAGAAAAGGUGUCCCCAGUGAAAAUCUGUGACUUUGACUUGGGAAGUGGAGUGAAAUUGAAUAACUCCUGCACCCCCAUAACCACACCAGAGCUGACCACUCCAUGUGGCUCUGCAGAAUACAUGGCCCCCGAGGUGGUAGAGGUCUUCACAGAGGAGGCCACUUUUUAUGACAAGCGCUGUGACCUGUGGAGCCUGGGCGUGGUCCUCUACAUCAUGCUGAGUGGCUACCCCCCCUUUGUCGGUCACUGCGGGGCAGACUGUGGCUGGGACCGGGGAGAGGUGUGCAGGGUGUGCCAGGUGAGUGCAGCCCCAAGUCUGAGCUCUGCCCAAGUUCUGCAACACCCGUGGGUACAGGGGCAAGCUCCAGAAAGGGGACUCCCCACGCCGCAAGUCCUCCAGAGUAACCUUGGGAGUUCAACUUUGAACCUCGUUCUGUUUGACUGUAGUGCCAUCGCCCUUAACCGCCAGCUGUCUCAGCAUGAGGAGAACGAGCUGUCUCAGCAUGAGGAGAAUGAACUGGCAGAGGAGUCUGAGGCACUGGCCCAGGGCCUCUGCUCCAUGAAGCUUUCCCCUCCCGCCAAGUCACGCCUGGCCCGUCGGAGGGCCCUGGCCCAGGCAGGCCGCAGAGGAGAUGCGGGACCAUACCCGACACCCACAGCACUCUGACCCACUCUUGGCUUGUCCAGACAUUGGAAACCUGUGAGGCCAAAGUCUGCAGAGCAGGCAGAGGGACUUGCUGUGCAGCUCCAGGCAGAUCUUUUCUUCCUUGGAGGGCCCUGAGGUUCCUACCCUACCAUUUCCCAUUUCCCCAGAGUCCUCAAGGAAAAAGCUUUUCCAAAGGGGUUAUCUUUGAAAAGGAAAGCAAUCACUUGUCACUUUGCAUAAUAGCCUGAGGCAGGGGCAUCUCUUUGCUGGGCUCCUGCCCACCUGCUCACCCGCCUGCAGAUUCUGGAUCCAGCCUGCUCUCGCCAGCCUGGCAGGCAGGCAGCGGGCGGCUGGGGCUCCAGCCUUCAGGGAGCCAGUGUUGAGAAGUGUCAGUUGACAGAGGCUCUUCCCGCUCUGCAUUGUCACCCCCCUCUGGCGGUCCUUCUACCUUCCUCUGUCCUCCAGAUGUCCUCUCCCUGGGCUGAGCAAAGCCAUCCCCUCAAUUCAGGGAAGGGCAGGAGGUUUCACAUUUGAGAAGCCAGAUCAGUCUUCCAGUCUGUUGCACAGAGAAGCACAUAAUCUUUCUUUGCCGUGACCGAAAUGUGUCCCUCAUUUAUCAUCCUCUUCCUUGUUUGGGAUUGCUGCUAAAGUUAGUAUUAUUUCGUUUAAAAAAUGUUUGUUUUUUUAACCAUGCUUUUCCAGCAAAGAUGGGAGUUUAAACUCCCACUGCAAGCCCAUGGACUUUCCAGAGCGUGCAAUGGCUCGCUCUUCUUUCCUGAAUGUCCAUGCAUGUGAAAGGUUUUAAUCAGCUGUUUCCUAUUAUUUUAAUUGUUUUUAAGCUGUUAAGAUGAUAGUAAGCAACUUAGAGACUGAAUCUGCUGCUGCACCCCUCAGGCCUGGUGUGGAAGGCCACAGGGUCUGGGGCAGUUAGAAGAGGGUCUGGGGCAGUUAGAAGAAGCUCUGUGCCUGAUGUGGAGCCAGUUCAAGGCAGCACAGCCGCCCUAGUCUGAGCGAUGUGGUGCUUGCUGCCUGCCGGACAGCAUGAAGGCAAAUCUGGCAUCAGAUAAGCUAAGCUACGGAGUUACCUAAAGAUAAUCGAUAUGCAUAUGUCAGACCGAUAUUUAUACAACAAUGCCAUUAUACAUUACACUUGUUUUAAUAAAAUUUUUAAAUUCUA